AUGACACCACCUAUUCUAAACAUAUUCAUCUCAUUCUAUUCCUAUCUAUCUAUCUAUCUAUCCUAUUCUAUACAUAUUUAUCUCAUUCUAUUCCUAUCUAUCCUAUUCUAUACAUAUUCAUCUCAUUCUAUUCCUAUCUAUCCUAUUCUAUACAUAUUCAUCUCAUUCUAUUCCUAUCUAUCUAUCUAUCUAUCUAUCUAUCUAUCCUAUUCUAUACAUAUUUAUCUCAUUCUAUUCCUAUCUAUCCUAUUCUAUACAUAUUCAUCUCAUUCUAUUCCUAUCUAUCUAUCUAUCUAUCUAUCCUAUUCUAUACAUAUUUAUCUCAUUCUAUUCCUAUCUAUCUAUCUAUCUGUCUAUCUAUCUAUCCUAUCCUAUACAUAUUUAUCUCAUUCUAUUCCUAUCUAUCUAUCUAUCUAUCUAUCUAUCUAUCUAUAUAUCUAUCCUAUUCUAUACAUAUUUAUCUCAUUCUAUUCCUAUCUAUCCUAUUCUAUACAUAUUCAUCUCAUUCUAUUCCUAUCUAUCUAUCUAUCUAUCUAUCUAUCUAUCUAUCUAUCUAUCCUAUUCUAUACAUAUUUAUCUCAUUCUAUUCCGAUCUAUCCUAUUCUAUACAUAUUCAUCUCAUUCUAUUUCUAUCUAUCUAUCUCUCAAUCUAUCUAUCUAUCUAUCUAUCUAUCUAUCUAUCUGUCUAUCUAUCUAUUCUAUACAUAUUUAUCUCAUUCUAUUCCUAUCUAUCUAUCUAUCUAUCUAUCUAUCUAUCUAUCUAUCUAUCUAUCAUAUUCUAUUCUAUUCUAUACAUAUUUAUCUCAUUCUAUUCCUAUCUAUCUAUCUAUCUAUCUAUCUAUCUAUUCUAUACAUAUUUAUCUCAUUCUAUUUCUUUCUAUCUAUCUAUCUAUCUAUCUAUCUAUCUAUCUAUCUAUCUCAUUCUGUUCCUAUCUAUCUAUCUAUCUAUCCUAUUCUAUAUAUAUUUAUCUCAUUCUAUUUCCUAUCUAUCUAUCUAUCUAUCUCAUUCUAUAUCUAUCUAUCAUACUCUCUAGGCCAAAACUAUAUCUAUCUAUCUAUCUAUCUAUCUAUCUAUCUAUCUAUCUAUCUAUCUAUCUAUCUAUCUAUCUCUCUCUCUCUCUCUAUAUAUAUAUAUAUAUAUAUAUGUAUGCAUGUAUGUAUGUAUAA